AUGAACACAGCUUUAUUGAGAUCAGUCACGGAUAUGGAGAUUAAAGAAGCGGUGUUAUCUAUCGGGUCGGAUAAAGCCCCAGGUCAUGAUAGGUUCACAGCUUCGUUUUACCAAGGAUUCUGGGAAGAUAUAAGAGCGGAUCUUUGCUCAAUGGUUAAGUUUUUUUUUGACACAGGUAUCAUGGAACCAGGGAUCAAUCAUACACAGCUUUGUCUAAUUCCAAAACCAGCAGGAGGAGACACAUUUGCUGACUACCGUCCAAUCAGUUUAUGUACGAUUAUGGUGAUGUCAAACCAACACGAGGAAUCCGUCAAGGUGACCCCUUAUCACCAUAUCUUUUUCUACUCUGUGCCGAAACAUUAUCCCAGAUGCUCCUUCAGGCUGAAUCCAAAAAGGAGUUUACAGGAAUUGCUCUAA